CCUAGCUGGGCUGCCCCAUCUGGGUGGGGGGAACAGCUUUACUGCUUGGGGCCGGCAAGCGGCGAUUGCGUCAUCAGAACCUCACUGGGACCCUUGAGUGAGGGUGGAAACUGUGGGAAAAAAAAAAAAAGAAUAAAACCAGGAGAUCCUGGGGGUUGGGACGGGUGCCCUUGCUCUGGGGACCGGGGUGAGGCCCCUGCAGGAGAGAGUAGGCCGUUAGGGGACUGGGAAGGCUUGUGAAGAUUUUUGUGGGAACGGUCUGUGCGUUUUGCUUUUCUCGUCGAUUACUAAAUAAUGAACACUAAUGCGUGUAAUUUUUUUUAAAAAAAAAAACGGUAGUUUGCAGUUUAACUUUUUAAAAUAUCGACUCUACGUGACCUUUUCACCUUUAUACUUUCAGGGGAGUUACAUGCGCCUUCAAGCGCACAGUAUCUCCCAUUGUUAUAAACAAGACUAAGAAAUGAAUUUGACAUUCUUUAUCCUGUACGCCCUGCAUUUUUCAGUAUAGGCUCCAUCUUAACCACCCGACUCUGGUCACAAGUGUUUUGGGGUUGUUUUGUUUUGUUUUGUUUUGUCAGACUUGACUUUUUUCCUUUCCGAAAUUAAGAGCAUUCAUAACCUCUCUUAAGUUCCCGAACCACUGCAGAAUUUCUGCAAGCUGGAUCCUCCACUUUUGGGAGAUAGAAACAGCAGUCUGAAUGGUUUCUCUACAGCUUUUCAUUUAAGUUCUAAACUUGAAUUAGAAGAAUUCUUUCUGGGUUCUUCUGUUAGGAUCGUAGUUAAUUUUCAUUUUGAGGUGUCUUUAAGAGGUAGUUACUCUCAAGCAUCCAGUUCUAUACACCUAGACAUCAGCAAAUAUUUAUACAACACCUAUAGCAAGAACUAUGCUCAGUAUUAGGGGAUACAGGAUAAAAAGAAAGACCGCACCUCAGUUUCUUGCAGAACAUAAGUUAUUAGGAAACAUUAAAAAUGUGGCCAAGACAGCUAACAAGGACCAUUUGGUUACAGCCUACAACCAUCUUUUUGAAAGUAAGCGUUUCAAAGGUACUGAAAGUAUAAGUAAAGUGUCUGAGCAGGUGAAAAAUGUGAAGCUUAAUGAAGAUAAACCCAAAGAAACCAAGUGUGAAGAGACUCUGGAUGAGGGUCCACCAAAAUAUACAAAAUCUGUCCUUAAAAAAGGAGAUAAAACCAACUUUCCCAAAAAGGGAGAUGUUGUUCACUGCUGGUAUACAGGAACACUACAGGAUGGGACUGUUUUUGAUACUAAUAUUCAAACCAGUUCAAAGAAGAAGAAAAAUGCCAAGCCUUUAAGUUUUAAGGUUGGAAUAGGCAAAGUUAUCCGAGGAUGGGAUGAAGCACUCUUAACUAUGAGUAAAGGAGAAAAGGCUCGACUAGAGAUUGAACCAGAAUGGGCUUAUGGAAAGAAAGGACAGCCUGAUGCCAAAAUUCCACCAAAUGCAAAACUCAUUUUUGAAGUGGAAUUAGUGGAUAUUGAUUGAAAUAGCAAUGCUUCAGAUAUAAAGACAUUAGCAACAAUAAAACAUGGCCUUGAAGAAACUUAUGUAACUAGAGCUGGUUACUAUUGUAAGGGGAGAGUCAACUGGAAAAUUCAAGAACUCAGAUAUUGUUUACCCAAUCCCCAACUUUUAAUAUAUGUAAUCCAUCAUAAUUCCUUAAAGUUUGAGAUAUUUUACUACAGCUGUGUAAAAUAUUAGUUAAGGUGAAGUGACUUUCCUUUUACCUCAUGUUGUAAACUAAAAGGCUCAAUAAAAACGUAUUCAGUGUCUUGA